CCCUUUUACAGUACUACUCCACUCGCUCCCACCGUCACACCUCGUGAAGCGCCCCUCCUCGCCUCGCCUCGCCUCGCCUGAAUCCACCUCCUGCGCCCCUCCCGCCUCGCCUGAACCCAGCUCCCAUGUCGUCGCCGUCGCUGCCCACCGCGCGCCUCCCGCUGCGCCCGUCCCCAGCCGCGCCAGCGACGCCGCUCUCCCGCCGCGGCGGCCCCGUUCGCUCCCUCGCGGCAUCCCCCGCCCCCGCCCGCGCCGUCGCCGUCGCACUCAAGCCCCUCGUCUCCAAGGCGCCCGCAUCCGGCUCCUACCGCUCCGCGCUCCUCCUCCACCGUCGCCGCCAUGCGCUGCCCGAGUCCGCCGCGGUGACCGCCGUCCCCGAACCGACCCCCAAGGUCACCAAGAAGUACCAGGACUGGGACUCCCUGACGGCCACUCUCGCCGGCAGCGCCAACUUGCCCUUCCUCCUCCUCCAGCUCCCGCAGAUCUUCCUCAACUACCGCAACCUCGUCGACGGCAACAAGACCGCCCUCUACGCCGUCCCAUGGCUCGGGAUGCUCACCGGGCUGCUCGGCAACCUGUCGCUCGUGUCCUACUUCGCCAAGAAGAGGGAGACGGAGGCUGUCAUCGUGCAGACGCUGGGCGUUUUCUCCACCUAUGUGGUCAUCCUCCAGCUUGCCAUGGCGGAGUCCAUGCCGAUGCCGCAUUUUGUGGUCACUUCAGCUGUUGUCGCCGCCGGGCUUCUCCUCAACCUGCUCAACUACAUUGGGUGGCUCCCUGGGACCCUCUGGCUGCUAUGGGAGGAUUUCACGACAAUCGGCGGCCUUACCGUACUCCCUCAGGUCAUGUGGUCAACAUUUGUUCCCCUCGUCCCCAGUAGCAUACUGCCUGGCAUAAUCUGUGGCUCUCUGGCUGUUGCUGCUGUUGUGCUGGCAAGGAUGGGCAAGCUUUCCGAAGGAGGAACUAAAUUUGUGGGGUCGUUGUCUGGUUGGACUGCCACACUUUUGUUCAUGUGGAUGCCAGUUGCACAGAUGUGGACAAACUACCUCAACCCAAGUAACAUCGAAGGGCUGUCAGCAUUCUCAAUGUUGCUUGCAAUGAUUGGAAAUGGACUUAUGAUUCCUCGUUCUGUAUUUAUCAGAGAUCUGAUGUGGUUCACCGGUUCUAUUUGGGCAUGUGGCCUACAAGGUUGGGGUAACCUGGCCUGCAUGUACUGCUGCAACAGCAUCAGCAGAGAAUUUUUCUUCGGGACGACAUUUGGAUUGUUUCUGUGGCUAGGUUUCACCUUCGCGAGAGAUACCGGUGCCUACGGCAACAGCUCACCCAUGACUUCUCUGAAGGAGCUGGUGUUCGGCAAGUGAUGACCAUUUUAUCAGCAAGCACUUCAAAGCAGCUGACUGUUUCCGGCGUAGUAGGAACCACAGAAAGCCCUCCUACAAUAAUUUUCCGGUGACCGGCAAGCAAGAAGGAACCGAGCCGUGGUAAAAAUCUUGGUAGGCAUAUAGCAUAUAGAGGUGAAAAUUAAGAAGGGUGCGCCUUGGCCGACAGUCGUGCGGCCGCGGUGAAACGCCGAGGCGAGCAGUAGUUCCACCGCAGCAGCUUGCAGAAAGCGCCGUGGAAGUUCACAUGGCGGCAGAAGCUACCGUGUGGUGUGACCACCACCGUCCACCCGCGCCGGGGCCAGCUUGCCUGCGCAUCCGGCAGAAAGGGCACAGUGGAGGAGGACUGAGAUCUAUUCUUUUUUUUUUUUUCCUUUUUUUUCUUUUUUGCGGGUAAGAAGAUGAAGAUCUAUCUAUUCUAUUUCAUUGUAAGAAAAAAAGUUUUCCUUGAAUAAAGCUUGCAUUCUUCUCA